CGGAACCCUCCGGAAUCCACUGAAAAACACCCAGAAUCCUCGGACACCCCGGCCCAAUCCACUGGAAUCCCCCCAGAAUCCACUGAAAAGCAUCCCCGGAAUCCUCUGAAACUCCCUGGAAUCCACAGAAACGCCCCUGGAGUCCACUGCAACUUUCUGGACUCCUCUGGAACCCACCAGAAUCCACUGAAACACACCUGGAAUCCUCGGACACGGCCCCCAAUCCAGUGAAAUCCCCCCAGAAUCCACUGAAAAGCAUCCCCGGAAUCCUCUGAAACUCCCUGGAAUCCACAGAAACGCCCCUGGAGUCCACUGAAACUUUCUGGACUCCUCUGGAACCCGCCAGAAUCCACUGAAACACACCCAGAAUCCUCGGACACCCCUCCCCAAUCCACUGGAAUCCCCCCAGAAUCCACUGAAAAGCAUCCCCGGAAUCCUCUGAAAUUCCCUGGAAUCCACAGAGACGCCCCUGGAGUCCACUGAAACUUUCUGGACACCUCUGGAACCCGCCAGAAUCCACUGAAACACACCCAGAAUCCUCGGACACGCCCCCCAAUCCACUGGAAUCCCCCCAGAAUCCCCUGAAAAGCAUUCCCGGAAUCCUCUGAAACUCCCUGGAAUCCACAGAGACGCCCCUGGAGUCCACUGAAACUUUCUGGACACCUCUGGAACCCACCAGAAUCCACUGAAACUUUCUGGACUCCUCUGGAAUCAUCUGGAAUCCACUUGAAACGCCCCCAGAAUCCACUGAAAUUCUCCAGGAUCCAGGGAGGCGCCUUCCGGAAUCCUCUAAACGCUCCCCCCACGUCCCCCUGAACCCCUUCCUCUUUCCCGGUGCCCCCCAGCCCAGAAUGGCCACCUCAGGCCUGGCUCUGCUCCCCUUGUUGGAAGCCCGCACGGAGGCUGGGGCUGCCAGAACCUUCUGGAAUUCCAGUCCAGAGCACGCAGAUCUCAAGGGACAAGAGAAGGUGGACAUUGCGCUGGCCGCCCGGGAACAGGCCGCCCUGGACCAGAGUUGGGGCCUCCUCGCCGACCUCUUCCACUCCAAGUUCGGCUGCGUCCUGGUGGCGACCCCGGCCCCGUCGGAGGCGUCCAGCCCAGUGUACCGGACGACGCUGCCGGGGGGCACGGAGCUGACCGUCUGGAAGGCGGACCUGACCCGCCAUGCGGCGGACGCGGUGGUCAACGCGGCCAACGGGCAGCUGCAGCACCACGGGGGCCUGGCCGCGGCCCUGGCCCGGGCCGGGGGGGCGGAGGUGACCGAGGAGAGCGAGGCCUGGGUGCGAAAGUACGGCCUGGUCCCCACGGGCGGCUUCGCGGUCACGGGCCCGGGCCGGCUGGGCUGCCGCGUGCUGCUCCACGCCGUGGGGCCUGUCUGGUCGCCCGCCACCCCGGAUCUGUGCGCCCAGCAGCUCCGAAGGGUGGUGGGCCGGGUCCUGGACUACGCCGACCGUCCGGCCCGGGGGCUGAGGUCGCUGGCCUUGCCCGCCAUCAGCUCCGGCAUCUUCGGCUUCCCGCCGGAUCGCUGCGCCUGGGAGAUCGUGGACGUCGUGGACGCCUUCUUCGCCGGGGGCCGCAGGGGGGGCGGGGGUCUGCGCGAGGUGCACCUCGUGAGCAACGAGGACACCACGGUGGACGCCCUGCGGAAGGCGGCCGAGGCCCGGCUGGGCCCCGGGCGCCCGGGCCGGGCCCGCGAGGCCUUCAGGACGGAGGAGCAGAGCCCGCGCCGGGCCCCGGCGGGACAGGGAGGGCAGCGUGGCGGAGGGGUCGCCGGGCCGCGGCUGGAGCUGACGGGGCCCGGCGUGGAGGUGCGCGAGGCGGCGGCCUGGCUGCGGAGGCUCCUGGCGGGCCUGGGGGGCGAAGGCCACGACGGCCACGUGGUCCUGGAAGACCCCCUGCUCCUCUGUCUGGGGGCGGCGGAGCACGCGGCCCUGGGGCGGCUGCAGGCCUCGGCCGGCGUGCUGAUGACCGAGCACGUGGGCCGCGGCGGGGCCCGGCUGGUGGUCACCGCGGCCGGAGGGGCCGGCGAAGGCCUGGUCACCGCCGCGCUGGGCAUCGAGCGCCUGCUGGGCGACGCGAGGAGGGAGUGGAUCCGGGAGAAGGAGGACCAGCUGUGGAAACUGGCCGGUUUCCAGCCCCGCGCCCCGGCGGGAGACCGGAAGUUUCUGGAGGCGGUUGAGGCUUCGAAGCAAGAAUUCAGGGAUCGGAAGAAGCAUUUCAAGAAGGCCGGGUUACAGGUCCUCAAGGUGGAGAGGGUGGAAAACGAGGUCCUGGAGGCGGCUUUCCAGCAGAGGAAGACUCUGGUGUCCGGACAGAAGGGCGCCUGGGCCCACACCAAGAGGCUCUACCAGCCCGUGCCAUGGUUUACCCGCAAUCUGGUGCCCAGGAUCGGCUUCCAGAGGCUGCUGACCGGGCCCCCGGAGCCGCGGCUGGGGGACGGCAUCUACUUCGUCCAGGACCCGGCCCAGCUGGCGGCGGGCGGGCCGUGGGGGCCACCGUCGGGCGCGGACGUCCUGGCCCACGUGUUCGAGGCCGACGUACUGACCGGCGGGUCCGGCCCCGGCCAGGAGACCUUGAUGACCGCCCCCGCGGGCUGCCACAGUGUGACCGACGGCGCGGGCACCUUCGUGGUCUUCUGUCCCACCCAGGCCCUGCCUCGCUACCUGCUGACCUGCGCCCGGGCCCGCCCCGGGCCCUGACCCUCGGACCCUCGGUGGAAAGAGCCCGGGCUUGAGAGGUCGUGGG